AUGAGCCGCCAAGACAUUCUCAACAGAGCUGAUGAAGAUGCUACUACAAUCGACCCGAGCGAAGAUCCAGACCAGUUUGAAGUGCUCCUUGGAAAGAUAGGUGAAGCUCUAAGUAGCGAACCUGAAAGCACCGCAUCGCUAGAACAUGGAUUGCGAGAGGAUUCUAUGAAACUGACAGUAUCAACAAAGCUUCCUGCUCCGUUGAGACCUUUAAUAUGGACUAUUUAUCUUUCGAAGGAGCCGCAAUCUUCUACGUCUCAGCAUCUUGUCCUCCCAUUACUUCGAGCAGAAGCUGGGUGGGAGUCGCGCCAGCGAACGCUCCUUGACCACCUCAGUAAGAAAGAUUGGGUUCUAGGAAAGCUUUUCGAUAAGAUCGAAAGCAUGGGUAUGGAUCUGAGCACCAUCUUUCCUGGAAUCACUGGGCUACGGAAAGCUCACGGGGAUACAUUGCUCUCUCAAGCUGCCAAAUACAUUAAAGGAGUGGCGCCUUUUGAUGAACCAGAAUGGCUUGACGAAGUCGCCAAAUCAUCACCCGAUUCAGUUUUUGCUGCCGACAUUCUGGCAGAAGUGUCUGGAUCCGAAGAGACCAGAGGGAUAGACAGACUCGGUCCACCCCCGGACAGAUGGUGGGAGAAGCUUGCAGCAACCAGAGCUAUCACCCUGGCGCCUCCAGAGCUUGAAGAAGCCACAAAAACCGUGGAGAAAAAGCCCACGAAAAAUGUCUCAAAAAUGGACACCGACACGGACACGGGCAACGAUGAUCUUAACGAUGACGAUGAGUUUGAGCGACAAGAGACACCCCCCAGACUAAAGAAGGCCAAGGAGCCUGAACGACAAUCCCCGGCUACCACUGCUACUACCGCUGGAAUCGACAGUGAGACAGAUCGCGAACACAAAUCCACGAAACGAAGAUCCCCUUCGCCACAGAAGCCCCCAGCAAAGAAAUCAAAAGGACUGGGUAUCAUUGGCGGUACAAAGAAGAUCAAGCAGAAGUCUCCAACACCCCCACCGCCAUCUCCACCCCGAGAUCUCGCAUCACCAACAUCAAAGAUCCAAGAGGACGAGGCAACGGACUCGGGUUCCGACCACAAAGCUCGACUCUCACCACCUCCUCCUCGAGCAUCAACCACAGCCAAACCCAGCGCAAGCGCAACCACUGCACCGAAACCACGCGAGCUAGGCGUCAUCGGAGGCAAGAAGAAAGAACCACCACCACAACAACAGAUUCCUCAGCCUUCCCUCUCCCCGGAAGCCCCACCCUCCACCACCAACCCCCUCGCCGCAGAGCCAAAGCUAAAACAAGUUGGCAAGCUGGGUAUGAUCGGAGGUAAAGCCCGCAAGACCAGUGAGGUUCCCCCAUCCGCCUCCUCCCAGACUCGGGCCGAGACGACGACACCGCCGCCUCCAGCAAAGUCUGAGGGCGACGAGGAGGUUUCUCAACAAGGUGCUGUAAAGCGAUCGCCUUCGCCUGUGAAACCACCGCAACAGGAAACGGAGCAGGAGCGCGCUGAUCGCAAACGAGAGGAACUGAAGAGGCAGCUUGAGGCGAAGAGCAAGGCUCCGGUGAAGAAGAAAAGAAGAUUCUAA